CUUAAUUUAAUAAAACAUAAAUGUAUAGUGUUACCCUUGACAGUAACUUAAGCAAUUGGAUUGUACAGUAGUAACAGUACCAAAGUUACACAGUCUAACGGCAUGAUAAUGAAAAAGCAGUUAAGAAAAAUCGGUGUUCUUCUUGUAUUUGGAACUUUUAUUAUUUUCGCAAAAGAAUGGCUCACCUACUACCCAAAACGAUUAUUUGAACCAAAAUCUACGCCAAACAAAAAUCAUACACCAUCAGGUGUACUUCUAAUGUGGGACCAUCCUUGGGCUGUUGGUUUCACCAGUGAACCAGAAGGUACAAGAUUUGGAAGAUGUAGUUUAACUUAUAAACGAGAGCGUAUUGAAGAAGCAGAUGCAGUCAUAUUUCAUCUGACAACUAUUUCAAAAAAGGAUAUUCCGUGGCAACAUUACAGGAGCCCAAAGCAGCUGUUCGUGUUUUGGAGCAAGGAAAAUCCAUGGGCCAUGAGCUACUUGUACAGAACUGAUUUUAAGGCAUUCGAUAAUUUCUUCAACAUGACCAUGACUUAUCAUAAAAAUAGUGAUUUAUAUAGUGGAUAUGGGACAAGACGAAACGUAUAUAACAUGGUGGAAAAAGGUGCUAAUGUUUUGGAUAAAUUGCUUUCAGAAAAGAGUAAACUUGCAAUAUGGAUUGUUAGUAAUUGUGACACUAUGAGAGGAGCAGUUGAACGAAUGAAUUAUUACAAAGAAAUCGUAGCAACUGGAUUUCCUGUAGAAAGCUGUGGCCGCUGCUUUAAAGCUUGUCCUCAACUUCCAUCAUACAAAUCUGAACAGUGGGGAGCUGAAAUAAAGAAAUACAAGUUUUAUUUCUCCUUUGAGAACAAUAUUGGUUGUAAGGAUUAUAUCACAGAGAAGUUUUGGGAGGCGCCUCUUUGGUAUGGAGUGAUACCUGUAGUGUGGGGACCGACUGUGGAUGAUGUUAUUGCUGUUGCGCCUCGGAAUUCAUUCAUUCAUGCAGAUUGGUUUAAAACGGCGGCAGAUUUAGUGAAAUAUCUUCAAUACCUUGAUGGUAACAACACAGCAUACUUAGAAUAUUUUAAAUGGCGCGAAGAUCCACAUCUAACGAUUGAAGAAAUGGAAAAGCAGAUUCAAUCUGAACAUCCAGAUGUUGAAGUAUUCUCUGCACCAACUUCUUCCAAUUUUACGAUGCUAUGCAACGCUGCGCUGGACCAGACACCAGAACAAAGCUGGUUAGUAAGUUCAUUAAACCAGAAAUUAAUAGGAGAUGAGAGGGCAAGUUGCAUGGAGCCUGGGAAGUGGAAAGAUGUCUCUGUAGUUUAAAUAUGCACCACUAUAACUUCUACUUAUGCAAAAUUUUUAAGUAGGCACCUGGGAAGUAGAAUGAUGCCUCUGUAGUUUGACCAGUAUAACCUUUAUAAAUUGCACCAGUUCACCUCUGCUUGCACAAAUAUGUUCCUAAUUGUUUGUUUUUGCCCAUUCGCACAUGCAAAGUAAUUCUUCUAUAAUUGUGCCUUUACACUGCUUUUGUAUUGUAACUAAAACACCUCGAAAAUACUUUAAUAAAAGGUAUUUUGUUUUUUUACACUGUGUAGUUUCAUAGGUCGAUUAUUUUAAGUUUCAACGCCAUUAACUGUUGUUGAAAUCUUUGUGCGCGUGAG